CUUGUUGCGAGAGCAAUGGUUGGGAUAACAUUGUUUCGGCGUAUCGGUCGACCUCUCAUUGGAAACUCUCACUAGAGAGCUUCGCAGACUCGCGGCAAGCCUUGGGAAACCCGGAUGAUCUUGUGCAUUUGUCUCGUGGUAGGGAACAAGGGAGGUUGCUUCACACAUAGACACCGCUCGGAUAAUUUACAAAGUUAGUUCGAGCCGGGGUGAGUUGCGGACUGGAAACCAUGGGCACUUUACGCGAUCUCCAGUACGCGCUCCAGGAGAAGAUAGAGGAGCUGCGACAACGAGACGCACUCAUCGACGAACUGGAGCUGGAGUUGGAUCAGAAGGACGAAUUGAUUCAGAAGCUUCAAAACGAACUGGAUAAAUACCGAUCCGUUAUCAAACCGGCGACGCAACAAGUCCACAAGCAGAGUAUUCUAAGAGAACAGCACCGGACCAAGAGGCAGGCGAUAUCCGCGGAACCAACUGCCUUUGACAUCCACGAUCUCAGUCAAGUCACUCUGCCCUUCUACCCAAAGAGCCCCCAAUCCAAGGCCUUGAUCAAGGAGGCCAUCCUGGACAAUGACUUCAUGAAGAACCUGGAGAUGUCCCAGAUCCAGGAGAUAGUGGAUUGCAUGUACCCGGUGGAGUACGGCAAGGACAGCUGCAUCAUCAAGGAGGGGGACGUGGGCUCACUGGUCUACGUCAUGGAAGACGGGAAGGUGGAGGUGACGAAGGAGAGCAUGAAGCUGUGCACCAUGGGCCCAGGGAAGGUGUUCGGAGAGCUGGCCAUCCUCUACAACUGCACCCGCACUGCCACCGUCAAGACCAGCGUGCCAACAUUCCAGGGCCUGACGGAGGAGAUUCUCAGUAAGCUGGCUGAUGUUCUGGAGGAGACUCACUAUGGAGAUGGAGAAUACAUCAUUAGACAAGGAGCCAGAGGAGACACUUUCUUUAUCAUCAGCAUGGGCAAGGUCACUGUGACCAAAGAGGAAUCGGCCAAUGGCGAGCCAGUAUACCUCCGGGCGCUGGGCAAGGGGGACUGGUUUGGAGAAAGAGCACUGCAGGGGGAGGACAUCAGGACGGCCAACGUCAUCGCAGCUGAAGCCGUCACCUGCCUUGUCAUCGACAGAGACUCAUUCAAGCAUCUGAUUGGAGGGCUGGAAGAUGUGACCAACAAAGGCUAUGAGGAUGCUGGUGCCAAGGCAAAGUACGAGGCAGAGAACGCUUUCUUCUCCAACCUGAAGCUGGUGGACUUCAACAUCAUCGACACGCUGGGGGUCGGGGGAUUCGGACGCGUCGAGCUGGUGCAGCUGAAGAGCGACGAGGUGAAGACGUUCGCCAUGAAGAUCCUGAAGAAGAGACACAUCGUGGACACGAGGCAGCAGGAGCACAUCCGCUCGGAGAAACAGAUCAUGCAGGAGGCCCACUCAGACUUCAUUGUCAGGUUGUACCGGACGUUUAAAGACAGCAAGUACUUAUACAUGCUGAUGGAGGCUUGUCUGGGAGGAGAACUCUGGACUAUUCUGAGAGACAGGGGCUCCUUUGAGGACUCGACCACAAGGUUCUAUACAGCCUGCGUGGUGGAGGCCUUUGCUUACCUGCAUUCCAAAGGCAUCAUCUACAGAGACCUCAAACCAGAGAACCUCAUACUGGACCACCGGGGAUACGCCAAGCUGGUGGACUUUGGUUUUGCCAAGAAGAUUGGGUUUGGGAAGAAGACGUGGACGUUCUGUGGCACGCCGGAGUACGUGGCUCCAGAGAUCAUCCUGAACAAGGGCCACGACAUCUCAGCCGACUACUGGUCGCUAGGCAUCCUGAUGUACGAGCUCCUGACAGGAAGCCCUCCCUUCUCAGGACCAGACCCCAUGAAGACCUACAACAUCAUCUUGAGAGGCAUUGACAUGAUCGAAUUCCCAAAGAAAAUCACCAAAAAUGCUGCCAACUUAAUCAAGAAACUAUGCAGAGACAAUCCGUCGGAGAGACUGGGCAACUUGAAGAAUGGAGUGAAAGACAUUCAGAAGCACAAAUGGUUCGAGGGGUUCAACUGGGAGGGGCUGAGGAAAGGAACGCUGACUCCUCCCAUCAUCCCUGAUGUCUCGUCGCCCACGGAUACCAGUAACUUUGACAGUUUCCCGGAGGACGGUGACGACCCCCCUCCUGAUGACAACACUGGAUGGGACACUGACUUUUAACCCCUGACCUCCCAGAUAGCUAGCCAGCCUUCCACCCAAUCUCAACUAUAUCCCCCAGCUACCGCCCCCACCUGGCCCCACCUUAACCUGGAUUACCUCUGCCUGGGUCCACCUAGGGCCUGGUCCUGGUUAUGGGCUUGGACCUGGGCCUGGGCCUAGGUCAAGGGUUAGGGUUAGGGUUAGGGUUUUGGUUUAGGUCUUGAGUUUGCAUUUUGAGCCUAUAGGUCAGAAACUUGGGAUGGCCUUCUUGCUAGACCUGGCUGCUGAUAGACAGACAGACACUCAGUACCGUGAAGGACAGUCGGAGACAGACGGACAGCGAAAGAGGACAGUUGUCACACUCUGGGUCACCGAGAUGCCUUCUCCCAUGUAGCUCCGGCCACGACGUCAGUAGGCCCUGUCUCUGUCUAUCUCUCCGUCUCACUGCACCCACCUUCUGAAGGACAUCCGGGGACCUUCUCCUGGAGCCUCGGACUGGCCUGGUUCUGUUGCCAGGGACCAUCGGGCCUGGACAGAAACACACUGACAUUGAUUCUACCUUGCGGAGAGGAGGAUUGACAGGAGAGAGAGAGAGAGAGAGAGAGAGAGAGAGAGAGAGAGAGAGAGAGACCCCACACCUCUUUUUGUAGCAUAUUCGAACUUAUCUUCAUGCCAUCACAUGCUACCACCUUACUAACGCAUUAUUAACAUCACUGUUGACAACAGUUCAGGACGGAUUCACCUUGUCUUUUCAAUCCUUCAUUCAUCAUCAACAUUUUAUUUUAUUAAGUUUCUUUGUACAUGAAUUCCCAUUUGAACAUACCACUUUAUGACUUCAGCACAUAAAGAUAAUUUAUUGUACGUAUUCCAUUAUAAUAUUUGAAUAUAAAAAAUCAACAUACACACUCGCCUCUCUUACAAUGACAAUAUGGUUUGUAAUGUUGGACAUACUUGAUGACAAUACUUGCCAUCUUAGUUCUCAGAGACAUGCAGUUUAUUUUACAUUGUUUUGCCUAAUUGUGUUGCACAGACUGGUUAGUCGUUUGUACAUUGUUUAAGAGGCAGAAAGGUUAAAAUAUAUUGUGUUUUUAUUUUUAAAACGAUGACAGGAUACUAUGAAAUGACAAAGAUCCACACAGGUCCGUUUCUUACCACAAGGGGGCAACUGGCACCGGAGCAGAAAGAGAAUAUUUACAUUUUACCGUUAAAUAUUGUCACACCGAAGAGAACUUGCAUGUUUAAGACUGGAAGUGAACAUCAAUUUUUAACGAUCGAACAUACUGAUAAUUUCAUUGGGUUGAAUCGUCAGCAUGCCGUUUUAAUCAUAUUAUGUUGCCAUUCAAAACGAAUUCACUUUACCCAAGGCCUCACUUCGAAACAUUUUACUGUGCUCUGGAAAACACAUAUUUCGUAUUUAUUGCAGGACCAGAGGUGAAUAUUUGUGUACGUAAAUAUUUAGUGCUUAUAUUUUUGUGAUAUGUAUUGAUAAGUAUGUUGUACUCUACAGUAUGAGUGACCUUAAUAUCAAUUGGAAUAUUUGUUUUUAUUUGUCAGGAACGUUUCCCUUCGUCGAGGUAAACUAGUACAUGUUAUAGUUUCCACAUUCAUUUGAAAUUACAUGACUAUUGGCAUUAAUAACAUUUUUGAGAAAAAUAGUGCCUUAUUUCAAUGGCAUCUCCAAAAAGCAUAUUUAGCCGCUUGUGUUACCUUGCAUGACACGGUUAAAUCAAACCUAAACUGUCGUCCUUACUCUGCUUGCUGCUUUUUUUUAUUGUUCAGCUAUAUUUAUAUGCCUUUUCUUACAAUAAAAUCUAACUUUUAAUCCAUA